AUGGCCCAAAAAGAAGAUCCAAAGAUGUCUCAAGAAAUCUACAGAGUUGGUGUGCGCAUUCCGCCAUUCUGCUCAGAGGACCCAGAAAUGUGGUUUGGUCAGAUAGAGAUGCAAUUUAAGCUCUCAGGCAUAUCUGUGGACGAUACUAAGUUUACGUAUGUGUCAGCGAACCUGGAACCACAAUACGCCAAGGAGGUGAGAGACAUCAUAACUAAACCGCCAGCUUCAAAUAAAUACGAAAAACUCAAAACAGAGCUGAUCAAGCGACUAUCUAUAUCACAGGAGAAGCGUGUAAGACAACUUCUCAUGCACGAAGAACUCGGAGAUCGGAAACCGUCUCAGUUUCUACGCCACUUGACAAGUCUAGCUGGUUCAGACGUUCCAUCUGAUUUUAUAAUAACCAUCUGGACCAGUCGUCUGCCUGUGAACGUGCAAACAGCAGUCGCUACGAUUAAAGGAUCGCCAAUGGAAAAGCUGAGUGACUUGGCAGAUGUCGUAUAUGAAAUGGCCCCAACAGUACCACAGGUGGCAAGCGCGUCUCCCCAAGCCCAAGGUGGCUGGAAGAAGCCGUUCAAGAAAUACAUCUAG